CCACCAGUUGCUUCUCCAUGUCGCUCACCCGCAUCGCGCCGAGGCCCUCGCUCACGCUCUCACUCUUAAAAGCUUGCUCCAUCCCCCACCCACUCCUUUUCCCCAAUGUUCAGUCUACUCCAGUGCUCCCCUCCUCAUCCUCACGCUCACGACCCAUCACACGGCCGUACGCUACAAGCACUACAUCCACCCCAUCCACCCCAUCCACCCCCUCGAUUACCCACCACCACCUAACCCCCCUCGUCACCACCACCCCCACCAUGUCUCUCCCCGCCGGUGUCCAGAUCACCCUCCCCACCCCCAAGGGUGCCGACAAGAUCCUCACCCCCGAUGCCAUCGCUUUCCUCGCCGUCCUCCACCGCUGCUUCGACAAGAAGCGCCGUGAGCUUCUCGCCAACCGCCAGAAGAUCCAGGCCGAGCUUGACAACGGCAAGCCCCUCACUUUCCUCGCCGAGACCGAGAACAUCCGCAAGGAGGCUUCAUGGCAGUGCGCCCCUCCCGGCCCCGGUCUCCAGGACCGCCGCGUCGAGAUCACCGGCCCCACCGACCGCAAGAUGGUGAUCAACGCUCUCAACUCGGGCGCAAAGUGCUUCAUGGCCGACUUUGAGGACUCGAACUCGCCCACUUGGACCAACAUGGUCGAGGGCCAGGUCAACCUCUACGACGCCGUCCGCCGCCAGAUCGACUUUGAGAUCAACGGCAAGGCCUACAAGCUCUCCCAGAGCCCCGCUACCCUCCUUGUCCGCCCCCGUGGCUGGCACCUUGAGGAGACCCGUGUCAUCAUCGACGGCCAGGCCAUGUCCGGCUCCCUCUUCGACUUUGGUCUCUUCUUCUACCACAACGCAAAGGAGCAGGUCAAGCGCGGCCUCGGCCCCUACUUCUACCUCCCCAAGAUGGAGCACCACCUCGAGGCACGUCUCUGGAACGACGUCUUCAACCUCGCCCAGUCCUACUGCGGUGUCCCCCACGGCACCAUCCGUGCCACCGUCCUCAUCGAGACCCUCCCCGCUGCCUACCAGAUGGAGGAGAUUCUCUUCGAGCUCAAGGAGCACUCGGCCGGCCUCAACUGUGGCCGCUGGGACUACAUCUUCUCCUUCAUCAAGCGCCAGCGUGCCGCUCGCAACGCUGUCAUGCCCGACCGCUCCGAUGUCACCAUGACCGUCCCCUUCAUGGACGCCUACGUCAAGCUCCUCAUCGCCACCUGCCACAAGCGCAAGGUCGCCGCCAUGGGCGGUAUGUCGGCUCUUAUCCCUAUCAAGAACGACGAGGCUGCCAACGAGCGUGCUAUGGACAAGGUCCGCCAGGACAAGAUCCGCGAGGCCAAGGCUGGUCACGACGGCACCUGGGUCGCCCACCCCGCUCUUGUCAAGCUCGCCAUGGACGUCUUUGACGAGCACAUGAAGGGCCCCAACCAGUACUACGUCCGCAACGACAACGUCGACGUCCGUGACGUCAACAUCCGUGACCCCAAGGUCCCCGGCAAGGUCACCGACGCCGGUGUCCGCGACAACGUCUCGGCCGCCCUCUCGUACUGCGCCGCCUGGAUCUCGGGCAACGGCUGCGUCCCCAUCAACAACCUCAUGGAGGACGCCGCGACCGCCGAGAUCUCGCGCUGCCAGCUCUGGCAGUGGGCCAAGUACGGCACCAAGACCGACUCGGGCAAGACGAUCAACGUCGCCUACCUCAAGCCCAUCUUCCAGGAGGAGGGUGCCAAGGUCGCCAAGCUCCCCGGCAUCAGCGCCAAGCACGUCGCCAUCAGCACCGAGUACAUGCUUUCGCAGGUCCAGGCCAAGUGGCCCAGCGAGUUCCUUACCUCGGACCUCCAGCACCACCUCGAGGGCGGUGCUGCCCCCACCCCCAAGGCCGCUCUCUAAACGGUGUGUCGAUGGACGCAGGAGGCUGCCAGGGCUGGCCAGGGCCCGGCGCCAGUAGCAUAAGACAAAAGCGCAGUACGCAAGCGUGUUGUGUUGUAUAGAUAGGAUGCAUUUGAGCUUCAACGAUCCGGCCGUGAGAUAGGGAU